UUGGGAUUGAAAAAAUUAAAUAUCCAACAGACAAAAAUAAACCCUAUGACCUUGCUAUCGGAAAGAAAUUAGAUGACAUUUCAAAUAUUGAAAAUUGCGAAAUAUUUACUACAGUCAUGAAAGAGCACAAUCGACAUAUAUUUUCAUCAUACGUGGCUUAUGAUGCUCCAGAUGCUCCAGUAAUUUUCAUUCAACGAUAUCCAGAGGAUUCUUUCGAUUUUGACUUAUCAAAUCAAGUUAGGUACAAAAGUGGAAAGUAUGGAAAUUCUUCAGAUGUAUCAAUUACAAAUCCAUAUACUAUAAAUAAUAUUUCACAUAAAGCAGAAUGGCCAAAUGAAAAAAUAUUUGUGUUGUCAUCAUGCAUUUUAGAUAAAACAGCGUAUUCAAAUUCAGAAUCAAGGCCUCGUGAAUCUAAAUUAGUAUUUGGCUCACAUUUCUCUCUUUCAAAGAAUCGUGCGCGCUUGUUUGCCUACAGUUCAGAACAUUAUAAUAAAUUAAUAACCCAUAAUGAUAACGACUAUCACUUUUUACAGCACAUGAAAUUAUGUAUUUGUACUAUUUAUAUGGAAAAUUUUGAAAGAAAUAUGCAUGAGAAAGAAGUUAAAUGGAAAUACAUGAAUAGAAAAGAUAAAAUUUUCUACUCAAAAUUAAAGGGAAUCAACACCGACGAAAAUGAGAAGCUUAUAUUUGCAAGUCAACUUUUUGAAAAUCCUGAAUGUAACCACCAUGAAGUUAUAAAUAUUGCACUUGGAUCUCCUGAUUACCUUUUACGCGGGCCAUUAACUAAGUCAGACUUUAAAAAAAGUAAAUUAGAUAUUCUAUACUUAAAUUAUUCACAAGAAAAGGACCAUAUGUACCUG